ACCACCACCACCACCACCACCACCACCACCACCACCACCACCACCACCACCACCACCACCACCACCACCACCACCACCACCACCACCACCACCACCACCACCACCACCACCACCACCACCACCACCACCACCACCACCACCACCACCACCACCACCACCACCACCACCACCACCACCAUCACCACCACCACCACCACCACCACCACCACCACCACCACCACCACCACAAUCACCACCACCACCACACCACCACCACCACCACCACCACCACCACCACCACCACCACCACCACCACCACCAAUCAAUCCACCACCACCACCACCACCACCACCACCACCACCACCACCACCACCACCACCACCACCACCACCACCACCACCACCACCACCACCACCACCACCACCCCACACCACCACCACCACCACCACCACCACCACCACCACCACCACCACCACCACCACCACCACCACCACCACCACCACCACCACCACCACCACCACCACCACCACCACCACCACCACCACCACCACCACCACCACCACCACCACCACCACCACCACCACCACCACCACCACCACCACCACCACCACACCACCACCACCACCACCACCACCACCACCACCACCACCACCACCACCAUCACCACCACCACCACCACCACCACCACCACCACCACCACCACCACCACCACCACCACCACCACCACCACCACCACCACCACCACCAUCACCACCCACCACCACCACCACCACCACCACCACCACCACCACCACCACCACCACCACCACCACCACCACCACCACCACCACCACCACCACCACCACCACCACCACCACCACCACCACCACCACCACCACCACCACCACCACCACCACCACCACCACCACCACC